AUGACAGUGGAUCAGAAUCACCACACGGAAUGCCAACUCGCUCCGAGCAUUCUACAACAUCUUCCAAUCGCUGGCAGCAGAUUACUCGAUGUCACCCAAUAUGGUGAAUCGCAUUAUGGACGUACCGCACAGUUAAGAGUCCAACUUCCGUCCGGGUUGUUUGAAAGUUAUUUUUUGAAGGUAAAAAAAGGAAGAUACUAUCUAAUGACCCGAGCGCCAACCUAUCCUCUAAGAACAAUCCUAGAAGGAGAACUCGGAAUGAUCACCUGCCGAGGCGAGUAUGAGUCCCUCAAAUCAAUCUACUCGGUGUGCGCACAUACCCGAGAACCACUUGGAUGGGGCAGAUACACCGAAGACAAUAUCGACUAUUCCUUUCUCCUCGUUGAGUUCUUGGCCAUCCAGAAGCAGCCUGCGGAUGUAGAAACUCUCCCCGCUGUUCUGGCAGAGCUGCAUUUGAAAUCAGAAUCGCCAACUGGCAAAUUUGGAUUCCAUGUGCCCACCUGCCAUACUCGCAAUAUCCAGGCUGUCGAUAUUUGGACGGAUUCAUGGUACGAACUCUUCUCCAAUCAUCUUUCACGCAUCGUCUCCCAUGCUAAGACCGGUUUUACGUGGCCCCAAUUUGAUCAGCUUGGAAAGUUAGUUGUUUCCAAGGUCGUCCCUGCUCUUCUUUUACCAUUGCAGACGGACGGGCGCUCGAUUAAACCGUGUCUUGUCCAUGGCGACUGUUGGGAUGGAAAUACUGCAACUGGGGAAGACGGUCGUGCUUUCUUUUUUGAUGUUGCGUCCUUUUAUGCACACAACGAAUACGAUCUGGGGAAUUGGAGAACUUCCAGACACGCAGUUAGUGAUCCGGGCUAUACGGAUGCCUACAAAGCAUUGGUUCCUGUAUCUGAACCAGGAAGAAAGGAAAAGCAAACCUGA